AGAGCCAGUAGAUGAGGUGAGGCGCCUCCUACCUUUUUGGAGGUGGUACAUUCCGGCGCCAGGCGCGGCUAUAAAGGGCAGGUCCGUGGCGGGAGUUGCGCACUCGGGAAGUAGAACUCGGUGGAAUCAUGUCUCGUAACGGAUGGACUAACAUUGAUAACCGCGAGAGCAGGUAAUAUACCGCACAAUAUCACAUCUUAUCACCCUAUAGUGCCCUCAUAGUGUGUGUGGCCUGCCUGAUGGUAUGGGGGCUGGGCUGGCUCCAGCACUGUCAUGGGGCCUGCACAUCAUGCUGGCUGGCUGAUUAUUCAUUGUACAUACAUUAUGUGUUUUGUACUGCGUUACUCGCAUUGUUGGCGCCUUGUUCAUCAUGGUUGUUGUUGCUGGUUUGUGGUGUGCAGUCCUGCACUGUUACUGGCUGUGUAUUUUAUAGCAAGCUAAUUAUUUCACUGUAGAUCUGCACUCUAAUAUGUAAAAACAGGCAGCUACUACCUGAGUAAAGGCCAUGUGGAAACCCUGUUAUAGCACCUACAAAGGCAAUAAUGUGCCCCCUCCCCCCUGUGUUUGUGCUUGCUAAGGCCGGAAACAUGCCCUGCCCCCAUAAGGGCACAUUUGGCUGGCUGAUACCCCACCCCCAGACCUACCCUGCAUGGGAUAAAAUGUUUGUUUUAUGCAGGUUACUACUACUACUACUAUUGUUUUUAUUGUAACAUUUUGUAUCUGUUGUCUAGGCCUCCUGGUAGUUUGCAGUCACUAUAUUUGGCCAAUGUCAUUUUUAUAAUGAAACUAUUGGGAUUACAUAAUGUUUACCCAAUGGGUAUCUUGUUGUACCCCAUGGCGUGUCUUCUAAUAUUGUCUGUAUAGAUUAAUACAGCGUCAGUUCAAGUCUGAAUUUUAGCAGGAAAAUGGCUUUUAGUUUCGUUUCAUGUAAUCGCCUUAUGUGUCUUGCAGUCUAGCUCCACAAUCUUUUAUGGUGUUGAGGUUAAAAUUGAUCUAUGUGGGAAAGAUUAACUUAUUCCUUUCCUACAAUGACAAAAGAAUCUCCACCAGAUAUUACCCUCCUCAAAGAGUAAUUACUAAACAAAGGAAUUUAGUUUUAGUAGAUGCAUAUGCAGAGCAAUUUAAGGUUCAAAUUUUUAUAUACAAAUUCUAAGCUCAUCCUUGCUGGCUCUUACUAUAUGCCUAUUUUGUUUGCAGUCUCCUUAUUUUUAAAUUGACUGUCUUGAUUUAAUUUUUAUUUUAAUCUAAGCUAUAUAGUGAAUUGCUUAUAAUUUUGUUAAAUGUUUUUCAAUAUAGGUCGCACCCCCCAUCCCGCUGGUCUCAGGGAAGGAAACGCCAUUGCAAUGGGAAGUUCAGGCGUUUUGAUGAUACAGAUUCUACUGUGUUUGAUGAAGACAAACCGCAAAUACAAAAUAGACGAAAUGAAAGGUAAUGUACAUGAGAUGGUUUAGUAGAAUUCCCGGUUCAGUUCUUGUUGACUUAUCCUUAAAGGACCACUCUAGGCACCCAGACCACUUCAGCUUAAUGAAGUGGUCUGGGUGCCAGGUCCCUCUAGGAUUAACUUUUUUAUAUAAACAGCAGUUUCAGAGAAACUGCUGUUUAUAAAUGGGUUAAUCCAGCCUCUAGUGGCUCUCUCAUUGACAGCCGUUAGAAGCAUUUGUGUGCUUUUCACUGUGAAAAUCACAGUGAGAAGAUGGCAGCGUCGAUAGGAAAGCAUUAUGGGACAGGCUGUGCGCAGCUCCUGCCGCGCAUGCGCAUUCAGCCGAGGGCGAGAGCUCCCCGCCCGGCGCUGGAAAAAGGUAUGAUUUAACAAUUUCUUCUCCCCAGAGCCCGGCGGGAGGGGUACCAUGAGGGUGGGGGCACCCUCAGGGCACUAUAGUGCCAGGAAAACGAGUUUAUCCAGCCUCUAGUGAUUGUCUCUCUGAUAGCCACAAGGGCUGCUUCCGCAACUUACACAGAGCAAAUAGCACUUAUUUGACGGAGUCCAGCAUCAAAAAAGAUCCCCAUAGGAAAGCAUUUAGUAAUGCUCUUUUAUGGGCGGGUUUGAAUGCGUGGGUGUGCACCUGGCUUAAGAAUGUGUAUUCUGCUCCACUCAGGAGAUGUCGCUGGAGGAGGUCACCAGUGCCAAGGGGGUCCGGUGCUGGAUUAAGGUAAGCAAAUAAAUGGUUAAUAACAUUUAUUUGCUGCGGAACAGGGUGACUAGGUCUCUAUAGCAUUGGGAAUACAGAUUUGUAUUCCGAACGCUAUAGUGUUAGGAGUGGGAUAGAUAACAUUUGUCAUUACUUGCAUUGGUUGGCAAUAUUCAGGUGCUUCAUAUAACCUUAAAUCUCUUGAUAGCUCUGUACGUAAUGCGUUCUAGAUUUUUCUCAUUAUGCUGACCUUGUUAGAGUAAGCACAGGACUGCACCUGUUGCUGUAACCUUUUAUGGCACAGUGUCCCUUUUUCAAUGCAGAACUUUCACGUGAUUUUUCUCAACCAAUGGCUAAAAAUAACACUUUACAUGUGCUUUUCCUGGCUCAACCAAAGCAUAAUGUGAAUAUGAGCUUGUUUGAGCAUCAUUGCGAUAACAUUGUACAGACAUGUGGCGAUGUGUCGUUACACUACUUCCUCUGGUAAACGCUUAAUUGCAAAAGAUUGCCAUAAUGAGGUGUAAAUUAACUUUGGAAAUGUCUGUGUUUUUUUGUUUUUUUUUGCACCAUGUCAUGUUUUGUGGUUUAUUUGGAAAUCAUGUCAAGUUUACUGGUGGCCAUUGAUAAAAUAUUUUAUACAGGCUAAACUGUUGCACUUAACAAAUUUGCAUUCUGUCUUGGUCUUUUCUUCCUGGAAGCUACAAAAAUCUUUCUACUGAGAUCCAAAGGGCCAGCCUCAGCAUUCACUCACUCUCCUUGCAACAAUUUUGGCAAUUUUUCCUGGUCAUUGGCAGAAUCCAAUCCAAAAUUACAUUCUUUUAAGGAGGAAUGUGUAACAAAGUGCUUAAAUAGCAAGAGUGAUUGUUCAAAAAGUGACAUAGCUGUGUACACACGAGGAUAUACAAAAUCUAUGAAUACCAAUCCAAAAUUACCUCCUUUUACGGAGGAUUGUGUGUAACAAAGUGCUUAUAGUAAGAGUGAUUUACAGGCAGCUCUAUACACUUGUGUGGAAAUAUCCUCUCUUCCACUAAACAAUCAUAUAAAAUACAGUGACCGAAUCCGCUGACUCGGCCAGUGCAGUGCAAAGUUGCUCUAAACUUUUCAGCUUUGUGUUGGUUGACUAGUUCUGGCCAAAUGUCAUAAACUCCUUUACUGUUACAUUGUUCUUAAUCUGGCUUAUAAUUUCUUUGUAUUUUUUAUCAGUUUUACCACACCAGAAAGUCACAAGCCAGUGCCAAGAUGUAAAGAUUGGGGUUCUGUAGUGGAAGAGGAAGAGUCUCUGAAAGAAACAAUUGAAAAAGAUAUGGCAAAGUAGGUGUCUACUCAUCUUACACUGUACUCUCCUUGGUCGUGCCUCUGAUUUAAUGCUUCUGUAUGAAGACAUAAUUUGGAAAAUUUGUGAGGCUUUUUUCUAUAUGGAAUUUGUAGAUCAUUGGAAAGUGUUAACCUGCAAUACACAUUCCAUUAAGGGAUAUUUUGAGUCACAUGAUUUGUCUAUUUCUUUAGCUGUUCUAGCAGGUUUAGAAGUGAUCACUUUUGAGACUUGAGGUGCAAGUAUAUAUCCCUUGUUGAACAGAAUAUUUAUAGCACCACUAUAGAUUAUUUUCAAGAGAAGUGAAUGUGAAACAAAAUGUUGUUGUUCUUGUUGGAUACUUGGUGUCUCUGCAUGAAAAGGGAGUGAAGUUAUAAGCACCCUAAAGUCUGUCGCGGCAUCAAAAUCUGUAUAGUUAAUUUUGAGUAGUUUUUUUUAAAUUUAUUUUUGUAAUGCUUUGCAUGUUUCACAAAUGAACAUAGACAUUGUAAUAGGUAUCAACAUAACAUCCUCCAGUAAAGAGCAUCACAUGUCUGAUUCACAGCACUAUUUUAAAUUCUUGUGGUUUCAUCAAGAGUUAAUCUUAUGUCAGUUACUCAUUAUGACUUACAAGGUAUGGUUUUAGAUUUAUGUACUGACAUUUUUGUUAAAUUGUGAGGUCACAAGCUUGUUAAAGUAAAUUUACAUUACCACCAGGUAUAUUGUAGCAUGGACUGUCAGCAGUAGGCAGGAAAUUAAAAUGAAUAUGUACUUUUAACAGAGGAGAAGCACGCUUAUAGUAAAUGUAGCAUAAGUAACAUCUGACGAGGCUUAGUGUUAUGUCGUGGGAAGCUGGGGUCACCUCUGGCUAUGUGGAAGAUGUGGAAAGAAAAAGCAGCCUCUUCCUACGCUUGGGGAGUUCCUGUAGGGCAUCCAAGAGGCCUGCUGAGUCCCAAAGUCUCGCCAUAGGGCACAGUGUUUGCAGACCGUGAAUGGGUAUGGGCGCCAUACUUUCCGAGCCAGUGUCAAGGUGCGGUAUAGUGGAAUUGGUGCAUGGGGAUAACGUCCCUGAGCGUUCUUCCAGUGUUGGUCGCUGUAGUUGGUUUAAUAAAUGUUGGUAAGGCUUACUCAGUUGGGGCACGCACUGGACAUGCGUCGAUGGAUUGCUGCUGCAGUGCGGCUAAGUAUAAUAGAUGCAGGCUGCUGUGGUUCUUCCCUGUCUCGAGCUUAUUCCAGGGGUGUUUGCCGAGGAGGUCGAGCAUCUGAGGAUCCCCACGGUGUCAGCUCGGGCUGUUUCACAUGCACUGCUUUAGCGCGCCACAGAGGGUUCAUCCGUUUUGGCCAGUGGCAUUGCUGUGCCGCCUUCAGCCAUUUUACUGAGGCCGUGUGGGAGCCAUUUACGUUCGGUGCUGGGCUUCCCAGAUCUGAUGCAAGGGUGAUAGCUUGCCUGGUGGGGACUAGUCUAACCUGUCGGUCGGGUGAUCAGGGCCAAGUGGGCUUCUGGUAUGUUGUAGUUUUGUAUUAGCCAGGGUGGAAAGCGAGGCAGCAGCCAUCGCUCACACUCCCCUCCUGGGUAGGCCUCAGUCCUCAAGCCCCAGAGUAUCUCUCCAGGACUUAGAAUCACCCAACUUCAGGUGCUCCAGCUACUCCAGGACCUUGUACCACAGACUUCCAGGGUGUUUCAAGCAAAGUAAGGUGGGUAUUUAAACCAAAAUAGCUGAAUUCCUCAGUGUCUCGCUGCUCAACUUUCUGCAUUUUAGGAGUUAAAUCACUUGGUUUAUUCAGCUGUAGUCACACCAUCCUACAUGAUAUUGCACAGCCUUCCUAAUUUCUGCAGAGAUCUAAUGUUUAAGCCCUCUUUAUUGCACAUUCUGUUUAGAAUUAUUUUCUUUUGGUGCAACAUGAACAAUUUGAGUUUGCCAUAGUUAUCAGAAUUUAAAGGUUUAUUUGUUUUUAACACAUUUUUAGGUACAAGAGAAGGCUUCUGAUUAGUGACUUUGCAACAAGGGAAAGAAGAUUGUCUUCUGAAAGGUAAGUGGCAACAUGUCACAAACAUUCAGAUUUUUAGGUAUAUAACUAAAUGUACAGUUACUGUUAUCCGCAAAUAGAAGAAUGUGCUGUCUACAUUGUGUAAACAUGGGACCUGCCUAAUAUUUUAUUUAUUUUUUUCCCUCGGCUGCCCUUUUGGGUAAGACUAGUCUGAUGGGCAAAUGGAAUGUAUGUAAAGGUUAUAGGCAAGCUAAAACUGAUUUGACUUGAGGACAUGCCAUUUCAGUUUUUUCAGAGUACUUCUGUAGUGUUUUGGUUCGCAAAAUGUGUUUUUAGACUUAAGUAUGUCUGUAAUAUUUAUAUGGACUCACCAAAACAACUUCAGCUAAAAUGCAUCUGCAGUCUCUGCUCAAUUCUCUGCCAUUUUGGAGUUAAAUAUGGCUUUCUUGCUACAUGAACGACAUCUUUCCUGUCUGUGACUCAACAAAUAUUGAAAAGUUUGAUUUUCAAUCAAAUAUUGCUUCAGAAAUUCUUGCCUUAUGUUCUGUUCAGCUAUCACGCAAAAGACUACUGAAUUCCAUUAACAGUUGGAGAAACAGAAUUAUAAAUUAAACACCAUAAAAAGAAGCUUAAUUAAAUUUCUUUGCAGGGGUGGCUUUUAACUGUUAACUUCUAAAUGGCAGAGAAUUGAGCAGUGAGAUUUCAGUGGCAUGAUCUGUACAGCAAAAACUGCUUCAUCAAGCUUAAAUUGUUUUGGUGCUUAGUGUUUCUUUAAAUGUAUGCAUAUUUAGGACACUCCAACUUGCAGUUGGUAAAGCUUCAAUUUUAUACACAACAGUGCGGCUAGCUCGCUUGAACAUAUCUUCAUGGCAUAACUCAGAUUCAUGAGUGUUUAUUGGAAAGAAUCUCUGUAAUAUUAAUCCACCAAUUCAGUCUGUUCAUGGAGUGCAAUUUGGGUUCUUUGCAUGUGGGCUUAACUAUCCUUUGCUUUCUUUCAGUUCUGAUUCAAAGGAUUCAUCCACUCCUGGAGAACUGGAAACAGAUGCUUCUGUUCUAACAAGAAGACAGAAGCAGAUCAACUAUGGAAAGAACACACUAGCUUACGACAGAUAUUUAAAAGAAGUGCCAAGGUAUGGUGUUAAUUGCGUAAGGAUUAUCCUGUUACUGAGAUUCUUAAAGGUUUAUUAAGUCUACUACUAGCACAUAAUUCUUAAAGGGAACUUAAAGCCCCCAAAAUAACAAUUAUGACUCUAGGUUACCUUUUAUCCACCCCCAUUGUGUUUUUAAAAAAAGUUAAAUUAAAUCACACUCCUUGUUUCCAGUUCUGGAAUUCCUGCUGUGCCUUUGAAUACAUCAACAUGCCUACUGCAGUCCUUCAAAUACGGCUAUCGGCAACAUUUGAUUUUCCAGACCGUUUUUUUUUUUUUUUAAAUUGUAAAUGCCCCUAGUUGAGGUCAGAAAGACUGCCACUAGGGGUUUCCAAAAACUUGUUAUGCGGGAUUAACUCCUUAAGGACAACUCCUGGGGGGAAAAGGGAAUUAUGAUGGAAUAUUUCCGUCAUGUGUCCUCAGACUUGAAAUAAAAGGGAAUCCUGACAAGUCACACGUCAUAUGUCCUUAAGGGGUUAAGAGGUUAAAAUAUAGAUGUGUUGAUACAAAUUUACAAAUACAAUUCAUAAGAUUUGUUUGCUCUCAAAGCUUUUUGAAAAACUUUUACUGACUUGAUCUUUCAGGCAUGUACGACAACCAGGUGUUCACCCAAGAACACCCAAUAAGUUUAAAAAGUACAGUCGUCGAUCUUGGGACCAGCAAAUUAAACUGUGGAAGAUUGCUCUUCAUGCAUGGGAUCCACCUACAGAGGAAGGCAGCGAACUACAGCCAUUGUAAGUUAUAUUUAUUUCUAGUGUCAUCCUAACUAGCACCAGCCUUUUUUAAUUGUUUAUAGAUGUUUGGCAAUUCUAAUGUCACUGACAAUAUUUUAUACAACUUGUCCGAUGUCUUCAUGCUAACAUGGUUUCUCACUGGGGCCUGCCACACAGCCAAUAGUAGAUCACUCAAGGGUGGCAUAGAUUUACGCAUCUAUGGUAGACUACGAGAAUAUUGCUCUGGUUUUAUAACUCUUCAAAUUAAGUGUAUUCCAAAAUCUCCUUUUAAGUUUUCUGUCUCUGCAAACUGACAUCCAAGAUGUGCCUGUCUGUUUGGAAGAGAGGCCAUAAUAACAUGCUGGGUUCAUUAAAGCAUUUACAAAGCUUCUGAUUAAUGCUUAUAAAGUAAACCAUUGUGAACCUGACAUCUGUUCUGGCUGUUUUUUUUUUUUUUUUUUUUAUUACUAGAUGCAGAGGUCAGAGUAAAAAGGACACUUGGCAAGUGGUUGCCUCUCUUGACAUUACUUCAGAUGUAUAUUUAACUCCCUCAGCCAUAAUCUCAGAAUGAGUUUUUUUAAUAAGCCUCUUCCUCUGUCAAUCAGACACUGCUACCUGACGAUUUGGUGUAUGGUUCAUUCAGAAAGCAAAAGGCAGUUUGACUUUACAUGAACAUUGUUUUCAGAAAAGCAUUUUUAUGGCAUCUGGAAUAGUUGGGCAAUCUAUAGUAAGCUGACCUUAAUUAUAUUGGCCAAGAUUAAGACUGACAGUAGUUUUACAGUAUAGUAACCGUAAUUUUGGUUAAACAAGCAAUGGUCAAACAGGUUUUGUUGCAUGUCUUGGUAGUCAUACAUUUAUAAUUCAUAUCUUAACUUGUUUUUGUUUAACUUACAGCAAUGAAGAUAUGGUAACUUGUUGUUCAGAUACUGGAUCAGACGAGAGCCUUGUAAGUUCAUAAUUUGCAUGUAUCUUGUGCUAGUACAGCUGUGUAAUAUGCAGCAUAACUGUGUGUAAAUAUUUAUCCUUUGUAUAUAUGAAACAAACAUUUUAGAGCAAAGACCUUUUUAGAAGUCAGUUUUGAGUCUUGAUUCAGUUUUUCUGUAGAUAUUGCUGCUUGUAUUAAAGUGGUUUAAUGUGUACAGUCAUGGUUAAAGUACACCCUAUUUAAUUUCUAUGGUUUUACAUAUCGGUGCAUACUGUCAAUAAUCUGUUCCUUAGCAGAUCUUAAAAUUGGGUAAAUACAAGAUGAACACAUGCCAUUAGUGUCAUGAUUUAACAAACUAAAGUUAAAAUGGAGAAGCCAUGUUUGGCACUAUACCCUUAUUGCUUCCAUGGAAAUGAAGAGGCCAAGUAGCAGACAUGUGCUGCUAAUCAAAUGACCUUGACCAUCAGAAAGUGUAACCACCUCUAUAAGAUGUUUUAUAUGUUUACGGUCUGGAGCAUUCAGGUGUGUUGACACAAUGCCGAUGAUGAAAGACAUCAAUGGUCUUAGAGCAGCAGUUAUUGCUGCCGAUCAAACUGGACAGGGUUAGGCCAUUUCCAUACAAUUUAAAGUCAGUCCUUCUACAUUGAGAUUGUUCUAAAGUUAAAAAAAACCUUCAAGACGGUUGUCAAUUGUUCCAGUAAUGUACUUCCCAGCAAAUUCACUCCAAUGUCAGACCAUGAAAUGCUCAGAGAAAUUGCAAAAUACAAAGUUUCAUCUCAGAAUCUGUAGACCUUGGUAUGUUAAUUGUUUACGUUCAUGACAGUACAAUUUUAAAGACUGAAGAAGUAUGGUUUGUUUGGAAGGAUUGCUUGGAGAAAGCUUAUUCUCUCUAAAAGGAACAUGGAAGCACGGCUUAUGUCUGCAAAGUUGCAUCUGAACAAAGCUUCUGGAACAGUGCCUUUUGGGCAGAUGAGACCAAAGUGGAGACAUUUGGCUAUAAUGCAGUGCCACUUUGUGCUGAUGUGAUGUUUUGGGCUUGUUUUGUAGCCACAGGACCUGGGAACCUUGCAUAUAUUGACUUGACAAGACUCCUGUAUAGCAUAGCAUUAUAGCAGGGGUGGGGAACCUUUGGCCCUCCAGUUGUUUUGGACUACAUCUCCCAUAAUGCUAGCAAAGAAUCAAGGACGAUGUAGUCCACAUCUGGAGGGCUGAAGGUUCCCCACUCUGUGUAUUCUAGUCAAAUGUGAGGCCAUCUGUCAGACAGCUAAAAUUUGGCCAAAAUUUUAUCAUGCAACUGGCUCAAGAACACCAGCAAAUCUACAACAAAAUGGCUGAAAGAGGAUUUAUGGUGUUGCAAUGGCCCAGUCAAAGUACAGGCCUCAACCUGACAUGCUGUGGUGGAACCUUAAAACUGCAUAAAUAAAUGCCUGCAAACUGAAGAAACUUAAAGUGGUCACAAAUUCUAUCAAAACAAUGUUCCUGAUGUUUUGAAACAAUGUUUUCUAUUGUACUAUUACGUUAUUGCUGCUAAAUGUGAUUCUACAUGUUGUUGUAUCAUACGGUGUACUUGGUUUUUCACACAGCUUCUCCAUUUUGUCUUUUUGUUGAAUCAUGACACUAAUAUGUAAUGUUUUCAUCUGAGGUUGUAUUGACCCAAUUUUAAGACCUGCUAAGGAACAGAACUCGUAUGUAAAACCAUAGCAUUCUUAGUGGAAGUACUUUUUUCCUGAUCUAGUUGCAGUAUGCAAGUGGGGUGUAAUUCCUUUGUUAUGACAAGUAUUCUAAAAGAUUGAAAAAUGCUUCUCCAUAUUACUGUUCAAAACCCUUGCAAGGGACAGACUUGGCAAUCUUGCUGACUGAGGCACACUGGAUGCUACCAGGGGCCCAAUAGCUCCCCAGAUGGAGGAUUUGAAAGGCUAUGCUCCGAAACAUAAGGUUAUAGAACUCAACUGAUUUCAUCAUUUUAUGCAGAGUUCAAAGCAUUCUGUAGAGGUGGUCCUAUCAUGUAUCAGGCCUUUCACCUGCACACAGUAGUAGACUGUGUGCCUGGGAGGGGCAAAUUAACUUGUUAGUGCAAAAUUCAAAGGAUAUUUAGCUGCUUGUCAGAUUGGGUCUAGUUUAAUCAGCCUCUCCUCCCCCAACAUGGUUCUGAGGUUUUUACAUGACUGGAAGAACAGUGGACGGCUGUCUUGUUAGUAGGAUUAACUCUAUUAAUCUAUUUUAUAUUUUCAGACCUUGUCCUAAAUAGUUUGCUCUUCUUGCUUGCUGGAAAAUACUUCAAACAGAUCAUAAAAUAAAACUAAUGCACUAAUUUGGCAGUUUACAAUUAGAGGGACAUCAUUGUGAAGUGUUGGAAAUGUUUGGAAUGGCUCACAAAAUGCUUCUAGCACUGUUCAAUGCAGACAUGUAGAGGAAAGACUUUGCAUUUUGGAGCCUGCCAAUUUGGUAUUGAUCUGCAAAACACUUAACUGUAUGUCUAGUCUUCUAUGUCAAAGGCUCAGGAAAUGUAUCUAAGUCGAAAGUCAUGUUUGCAGUGUGCUGUAAUUGCUCACAGGCUGAUCUAACAGAGGAUGUAUCUCUUUAGUUUACAGGAACACCAACCAAAGUCAGGAAAGUUGAAGCAGUGGAAGAUGACUUUGAUCUGGAUGUAUGCUUGAACGAAACAAAUGACACCGAACAUUUAAGCUAACAUAUAAUUUUUAAAUUUAUUCACUGAACUCAUACUACUUUUCAGAAUUUGUGCAUGUAAUUUUCCUAUAUUCUCUGUACAGAAUGUCCAUUACACAUAUUAGAGGCCAGUAUUUACCUGCCAUGCCUAAUCUUUGUCUCACCGCUGUGAUCAUGGUCAAUAUAGCCCGUAUCAGCUGGCGUGCCUGAGCUUGGGUAUUGCUGGCCUGUAUAAUAUUGGUGCUGGUAACUAAUAGGCAGCUACGUUAAGUAAGCACUUCGUCUUGGAACAGCAGAGCUGUAUCUAACUAAAGCUAGGAAUAUUAGAACACAUGCAUUGCAUGAGAUGGUACAUCAGGAUUUCUGCAGCAUGUGUUCAGAAACCCGGUUCUGCUUACAUGCUAUCUGGGUGUGUAGCGUCCUCCAUGCCUUAUUCCCCAACAUCCUUUGUUUUCUUGGACACUCACCCCUAAAUAAUGUAGCUUAAUUCUAGCACACAAAUUUUCUCUGGAUUCUAGGACACCCUGCCCAUUGUAUAGACUACAUCUACCCACAACAUUUUGAGAUAACAUGUUCACUUAAUAUUAAAUCGGUCAGAUUGACCCAUCAGUAUCUGCUAAUCUGUAUCUUUAUUUUCUGUGACUGGUUUUUUGAAACUGAAGAGUAGCAGUGCCCUCUAGUGGACAUACUUGGUAUCUUGCUAUGUUUCAAACUUUAAAUGGUUCUUGUAAAGCGGGGCUAAGACAAAAGGUAGAUCACUAGACAUUUUAAAACUGCAGCUGUCAUGCUUUACCAGCCUUUAGAAUGACACAGCAUUAUGGAAGUUGCAGUGGGGGUAUUCCUUUGUCCACCCCAAAAUACCUCAUGCAUGUCAAAACAGGCAAACUACUGCCGUUUGAAACUUGUUUCUAUUGCUGACAAGUAGUCUAGACUCUUAUGUUCUCAUUGCACUCCUGACCGUGACUUUCUCAACAAGCAUAUCUACAUUUUUGUUAAUUUAUUUUGUUUUUUUAGAGCAGAACUUACAUGGUGAGCAAGUAAUACAGGUGUAUAGUCCAGUAAAAAGUCUUGUCAUUACCACAGAUUCUUAUGGGGCAGUGUUCAGCUCUCUGUGAUGAUGCACAGCCUUUUUAACAAAUAUCUGACAACCCUUUGAUUGUGUAACACCGAAAGGCAAUGGGUUCCUGUAUAUUGAUACAUGCAGGUGUUUACGGAGUAGGUUUGAAGUAGUAUGAACAUUGCCUGAUUUAUCCUGUAAAUGUAAAUAUAUGAAAGUGUUCCUAUGCUGGAAGUUAUAACUUGAUAUUGUUAACUUUUAAAUUGUUAAUGAUUAUGUAAAAAUAUUGUAAAUGUUGGUUGUAUACUUUGUUCUUGUUUACCAUUUCAUCUGUAAUGAACAUUUUGUUUUUCUAAAUAAACCACUUACUAUCCUUUCCUA